AGAUUACAAUGUUUACAGAUUACUUUAUAAACCAGAUUGAAGGAGGAGAGUGGGAUUCUCUGGAAGUUUUCACGAGUUGAAGACUGUUCACCAUAAGUAGCGACAAUGCCGGUUAUUAAUGUAGAUGACUUGACGGACAAAGACAAAGCAAAAAUGGAAGUAGAUCAGCUGAAAAUUGAAGUGAAGCUUGAGAGAGCGUUGGUAUCUAAAUGCUGUGAAGAGAUGAGAGAUUACAUUCAGAGUGGAGCAGAUGAGGAUCCUCUCGUCAAAGGCAUUCCAGAGGAGAAAAACCCAUUCAAAGAGAAAGGUGGAUGUGUCAUUUGCUAACGUGGACCGAGGAUUCGUCUUCUUUUCCUCAGUACGGGCAAUUGUAGAACCCUUGGACAACAGCUAGUAUUGAAUCCCAGCCGAAAUGCAGUCUGUUGAUUGAAAGGAUGGAUGGAAAAUUGCUUUUCCCACCUUGUAACAGAUCCCCCUUUUUCAAAUGGCAUUGUGCUUCCUCUGUGAUGUCACACAAUAAAUCAGAAAUUUAGUGCGA